AUGUUACGAAUGGCCCUUAAUGUAAAAUGGCAGCAGCAUAUGACAAAUGAAUGUCUUUAUGGAGACCUGCUGAAAGUUAGUGAGAAGAUCAGAAUUGAGGGUUUGUUACAAUGUACACUCAUUCAUACGGCCUUCUCCCUGUCUACCCUGAUUGAUCAGAGUUCAACUUAUAAUUUUGUAUCUCAGUUUGGGAGUAAUAAUGUUCGAAGAUCUCAACGCCAAACAAGAGCGCUGAUUGUAUCGGAAAGCAAUAUUAGACGAGGGCGGUCUUCCAAGAAGCUGUCAGCCAACACUGAUUACAGUGAUAUCAAUAAAGAGGAAUCUAUUUUAGGAACAAGAACUAGAAAUUGCUACAGAAAAAGUACAACAAAUAGUGCUUUAAAAAACAGCAGUUCAGUUCUGAGAAAAAGCGAAGAACAAAAUAUCUUUGAGGAUAGUGAAGAAGAUGAUUUCAGUAAGCAGUCGGAAACCUCAGAUCAACCUGAGGAAGACACAUCUCGCAGUUUGCGUAUGCAGCUGCUUCAGGCUAGAAUGAUGGAAGGUUCUGAUUUAUAUACAAAACGUCAGCCGAAGAGCCGAAAAUCUAGCAAGGCUUCUCGUGAAAGCUCAUCCAGUUUUACUUCUGUUGAAGAAAAGAAACACAAGAAAAAGUCUAAGAAAGUUACCUACUGUGUGUCAAGUAUAAAACUUGAACAAGGUUCAGAAUUUGAUAAUCUGAAAUCCGUUCAGCAAAACAAUGAUACACGUUCCUUUCCUGCCACUCCUGCUCUCACUCUAAGACUGUCGAAAUUACAACCUGAAAAAUGGCUGCGAAAGAGUGACUUAAUAAAUGAAGGCAAAGACUCUGCUGCUUCUCAUGACAACAGCAAGAGCAGUGUGAAGUUGAAGCACUUAAAAAAGAAUAAAAGUGGUGGCAGAGAAUACAGCCCAAGUAGUCCUUCUACUUCAAAUACUUCAGAUGAUACCAUUGAAAAUGUCCCAAACAUGGAAGUAAAUCAGUCAGAUUGUAGCAGUGGUAGUGAAGAUGAUUCAGUUUCUAAUCAUGACAAUCAAACUAAAGACGACAGAGUCAAAAGUAACUAUGUGUCCAAACCAAUUGGUCAGAAUUCCAAAGAGAAAUUGUUUACUGAAAAAGGGAAAACACCGUUGAAGCUCAGUGUCAGGAUUAAAAAAACUGACAUGUCUUUAAUUACUGAAAAGGGAUCAAGGUUUAGCCCUGCCAGUGCUUCUGAGAAGCAGAAAAAAUAUGAAAAUGUUUCUAGUGGUGAGAGUACAGAAAUUGAAGAAUAUAACGACAUAGCCGUUGACCCUGGGGACAGCAGUCCUUUGCACAAACCAGUUAGUUUAAAUGAUAAUGAAAUCACUAAAAAAACUGACAGUGUCAAAAGUUCUCAGAAGAGUCGUCUGAAUGUUGAAAAGUCAUCUCGUAAAGGUGGAGAUGACAAGACUUCAAAAGCAAGUGAUAACGAAGGUGGCAAAUCAGUAGAUGGGUAUUCUUCUGUUCCUUCAGUGAAAGAGGAAACUGACUUAACAGAUUCUGAUCUUCAGAAUUCCUCACAGAAACGAAAACCUGGGAGAACCAAAAGAGUCCCCCAAAUUAGUCUCACUCCUUUAGAGCUUUUAGAUGAUGCUAACCUUAUAUGGCCCAAACAAUCAGUUGAUUCUGAAAGUGCUUCUUCAAAACGCUCCAGAAAGAAGCAAUCAGGAUUUAAACAUUACGACGCCGCCACUCCUCGUCGUAAGCAAAAAUCCCCACGCAGAAUCAUUGUAAAUGUUGAUCAGAACAGCAUGUAUGACAAUGAGAUAGAUUCUAACUAUGAUGUAGGAGAUGAAGCGUUAGAGGACACAGACGGCCAUACAGAAGAGAAAACUAGCAGCAAGAAGUCUGAGAACCUCAAGUGUCCAAGAUGUGAAGCUACACUUGUCAGUGCUCCUUCACUCAAAUACCAUUUAAUGAGUAUUCACCAAGCUCUGUGGACCAAAGAUUGUCCAGAAGGCAAUGCGGAUAACAAAUCACUGAAAAACAUCAUGAAAAAACUCGGUAAACUAAAUUGCCCUCAAUGUGGCAAAGAAGUACGGAAUUUCCAAUACUACCAAUUCCAUAUUGAGUGGUGUGGCCGAGAGGAGGAAGUAGUUGUCUGUCCUAUUUGUAAUAAAAAACAACGUCUUAUGUAUAUGGCCAGUCACACAAACUUGCACAAACGCAAGGAACGGAUUGAAAUGGAGAGACAAAAACAGGUGCAGAGUGAUGCCACUGCUCCAAAAUCACAGCGAAAGAGAAAAGCAGCACAGAAAGCAAUUGGUUCCCUGCAUGUUAUGAGUCAAGAGUUAUUUAGCACAGAUGAAAUGGGAGACAGUCGUCCGUUGAAACGGAGCAGACAUUUCAACCUUCCAGAUGACCAUGAUGCUUCUCUGCUCUGUGAUGAUAACUUUGGUAUGGAUGAUUUUGAUGAUAAACAUCAUUCCACUACUACGAGUUCCAGCCAUGGGGGUUCAACACGUGGUGGCGGAGGUUCUUCAAUGUGGCCCAGUAAAGAUGAAGAUCUCUUUGAAGAAUGCUUACAAUACCAUACCAAACUUGAGGUUCUUCUUCCAGCAUUUGAUGAAUUUUUACCAACAAGGGACAUGUUUUAUCAUCUUCAAUCUCAUGAAAUUGACACCUGUCUCCCAAUCACCCGUAAGAGUAUCGAUUUUGCUGUAGAGUUGGGGAAUAAAGUAGAGCCAGCAUCUUUAGGCUUGUUUGGAUCUACAGUUUCUGGGGAUAGUGUCAACUUUUUUACUGGUGGCCCUGUUUGGUGUGCGGUGUGGUGCCCCAUUCCUACAACAGAGGGCAUUGGUGCCGACCAAUAUGUUGCUGUGUACUCCCAUAAACAUAUGGAUGAAACCAAUGUGGUGAAGAAAGCUUUCAGCAAGACGACUGUUAUUCAAAUAUGGAACUGUGGGCCUCUCAAUGCAUUUUCUGAGAAAUUGUUUCUACCACAUCUUGCAUAUGGUAUUGUCCAUGAUUUUGGAUGUGUAUUUAGUAUGUCCUGGUGCCCGUUUGGAGCAUGGCAGUCGUGUUCUCAGUCAAGUUUCCAAGAGGGUUCUUUGAGAAGACUUGGUCUACUGGCAGCUGCAUGUUCAGAUGGAAGUGUCCGUAUUUUCAGUGUCCCUUAUGCAUCAGAUCUGCUCGACAAGGAUCAAUUGGUUGGCACGUAUCAGUUUUUCCGGGUUAAGCCGUCCAUUAGUUUGAUACCUUUGCCAGAUAUGUCAGGCAGUGUUAGUAGUUGUUGUUUGUGUGUUGACUGGCAACAUGGUGAGGAGCGACGAUAUGUGGUGGCUGGUUAUGCUGAUGGUGCUACCAGAAUAUGGGACUUAAAAACACAGUCUCCAUUAUUACGUACUAGUAUCAACUUAGAUAUGACUGAUGUAUUCUUGCAUCCAAUCCGAUGUUUCAAAAGCCAUCUAAGUGAAGUACGUGCUGUGUGUUGGUCUCAAACUGUACAUGACACUUUUGUGACUUGUGGUGCUGAUCGUGAUGUGAAAUUUUGGAGAACAUCAGAUACAAGCUUCCCAUUUUGUUGUGAAAAGUUCUGUCAGUGCAUGAGUGCCCGUUGGGUUCAGCCUUGGAAUGGAGUUGUUGUUGCUCAGGAUGAUGCUUUUUGUUAUGAUCAUUGCUGUGCUUUCUACCAAGAUGCUGGCUUAUGUUACCCUGACCUUUAUGGACGUCGUUCUGUUAUGUGGCAUAAUGCUUGUAUCUGGGAUGUAACUCAUUCAAGUUGGUUAAAUGUGGCUGUAACCUGUGAUAGCACUGGUACACUUAUGAUGUUUAAGUGUAUGAAUUUAUGGAAAGGCAAUAAAUCUAAGAAGUUAAUGUACCGCAGACAUCUCUUGUUUGAAACAGAAGUAAUUCCCUCCAUCUUUCGGGAUUCAAAUAAAGACUCAGAUUCAUUUAGUUUUAUCUUGGAACCAAGGACAUAUGAUGAAGUCUUACCCCGAUGUAGUCUGGUUUACAAAGAUAAGAAAAUGGAUGUUAUUAAACCUGAUGCAAAGUUUGGUUCUGGUAAACAUCUUCCGCGAGAAAAAAUUGGAGCCUACCCAAUUGCAGCCUUAUAUAAGGUGAACUUCAAUCCAAAUUUUGGCAGCUGUUCCUGGUUGUUGUCUGCUGGACAGGCAGGUUUAGUUCGUCUUCAUAAUCUCUCUGGUCUCUUUAGUGUGCAACAACGUCGACUGUGGACACUUCAUGUAAAUCGAUGAACAUUUCACUUGUUCAGCCUGUUGUUGCAGAGCUGUUGUCAGUUGUGCUGGUACUUCCUUUUUUUUUUUUCCAAAGACGACCAUUCAGAAGGUACUCCAGUGCACUACAAACUGUAUAUUUGUUAAUCAUCUCAGCUGUGUGUCACAUGGACUUCCUAUAGGGAAUCACAGAACCAUUUUACGAAGCACACAUAUUUCGGUCUCAAAAUAUUUGCGACCUCUUUGGUGUAUGAUCAGUUAAACACUGAGACAGCAUCUAUUUGCAGUAUCAUUUCAGAUAUUGAAAUUAUAAUAUCUUUUAUGAUACCAUACUUGGUACCUGCAUCAUAGGAGAUUCUAUCUAAUAGACACAUUAUACUUGCAGGACAACCACAAAUGUAUUCCUUGCUAAUUCCAUUUCUCAACUGGAUUUCAGUGCAUUUUUUAUUUAUUUAUUUAUUAAUUAUUAUUAUCAUUAUUAUUAUUAUUACUAUUAUUAUUAUUAUUACUAUUAUUAUUAUUAUUUGUAAUGAUAAUUUUUUUUUUUUGCAUAUUUUGAAUUUUAACUAGCUUUGUAUAUUUAUAAUUUGGUGCUUCAUCUUGUUCAACAAGUCAAGAAACCGUCUGCUUAUCUCUGUUUUCAUUAAUUUAGGUCUUUUGUCUGUUUUCUCAGUGAGACACAUUUGAAGUCACCAAAGUGUUCCUAAACAAUUUUUUUUUUUUUUUCUUCCUCUCCCUCCUCUAAUUCUUCAUAACUCCAUCCAUUUUCCCCAUCCAUCUGCUACAUUUGUUUUAAUCAUUUUAUAAAUCCUGCAGAUUUAAUUUCCAGUUUGGUGAGCAAUUACACUCAUUUAAUUAAUAAUUAUAAACUAGAUAGUUUUUUUCUUUUUUUUUUUUUCCUCCUGUUUUUCCUCCUCCUGCUUCUCACGUUCAUCUCUUUCCGUUUCAUAGCUGCGUACCUGCUUCCUAGUGGAAACCCACUAUUUAAAUGGUAAAAUGUAUUCAUAAAUAUUUUCUUCAGUAUAGUUUUUUUUUUUCCUCUCCUUUUCAUUGGCCUUUGUCAAUACAAUAUAAUCAGUAGAAUGGCAGUUAUUUUGUAUUCUUAUUCUGAAUAAGUUUCCAAACACAUCAGAACUGUUAGUGAUGAAGCAGUUUAAAAAAUACUUGACCAGUGAUAGCUAAUGUUCAGACCAGACCAGAGCAAGACCCAUCUCACAUGUUUACUCAUCACAGAUGUGUCCAGUCAUCUAAAGAAAACCUUGGCUAUUUAUUCUUUCUGUAUUUUGAUGGAAGCUUUAAGUUCUCAAUUUUGUCAGGAUUUUUUUUUUUUCCAUUUUUUUCCCCAUAUACAGUUUUAUGACCUUGUAAAACCAGUUAUAACGAUAACAAGAAAUAAACACAAGCUUUUGUCUAUAGAGCCUUAAUUUUAA